GAUAUCACGUUCAUUGAAAGACUAGUUGAUCGAAAUUUAUACUUACGUAGCCUACAUAAUAAAUCCUAUUUCAGUCUACAUUAAACCACCAUUCAAGAUGGAUCCUACCCGGAUCUUACUUUUAAUUUCUUUUUUAUAUUACGUUUCUUGUGAAGAAAUAUCGUUUGAGUCAGGUGUUAGUUUCGAGACAGUUGAACAGUCUAAAAUACCAAACUCUGCUGAAUACGAUGACGUAGAGAAUACGGGAAGUUAUUUAUUUGAUGCUGAAGUUAAUAACAAUAAAAAGAAAAGAUUAUCUUUAGGAGUUCCCGUUGACUAUUUCAAAUCUCUUAAUUCGAGAUAUUUUCGGGCACAUCCCGAUUUUAUGCCAUGUGUUCAAAAAGUGAUCACAUCACUUCAAAAUCAAGGCAAAAAUUUGAGAGUGGUAUCGGGCUAUCAAACUAAAUCAGAUACUAAUAAUGGUAAUAGUAUAGAGGAUAGAUAUGCUAGAAGUGGUACUGGUAUUAAGUUAAAGUAUCAACCAGGAGUUACUGGUGAUCUUAAAGACAUCGCAGCAGCAGCUUUGAAGAAAUGCCCCGUACACUUCGAGAGAUUGCAAAGAAAUCUGGGAGUGGUCUUGGGAAACGGCUACGUUCACCUGCACAUGACAUCGACAGAAAACGCUGCACUACAUGUAUCACUUAAUGGAAUCAGUGGUAUGACGGAUGCUGAACUUCAAUCGUGGGCUUUAAACCAAAUUGAUGCUGGUCUAGAUCCUGUCGGUUCACCAGAUUGCAGUAAGAUAACUGGAUUAGAUAACGGAGGGUUCUAUCCAAGUGGUGUCACUACCCCACAAGAGGCUAUUGGUGAUGUUGAUAUUCCAAUAUCAAGAGAAGUUCCUGAAGAUUUUAAGAGAUUAGUACAAUACCAAGGUAGAAACAUUGAGUUUGUUAACAAUGAAAGAACUGCAGCAUGGUGUGGUAUUGUUGGUAACAAUUGUCUUGACUGUAGAGAGAAACCACUUGGCAACUCUCUCAAUCAAAGAUGUGCAGCGAGAUUAAUGAGUCAAAGAAUGUACAAUGUUCUUAUUUCAUUACAGAAAUUAGUUCGUGCUAAUGGAGAUAAAUUGAAAGUGGAACAAGCUUUUGAUGAGAAAUACGCUGGACAUGUUGCUGAUUUUGAUGCUACUUCAUUAUAUACUGAGGGUAGACUGGUUAAAGUUACUCGAUCAGUAAAUCCAUCAUUAGCUAAUUACAAGAAGUUAACUCAAUGGGCUAUUUGCUCUAAAGCUGAUUUCGUUCAGAAUAAUGGUGAUCAUGUUUUAAUUGGUGUAAAGAAAAUGUAUGGUCGAAUAGCACAAAAGAUUGAGUUCCCCCUGGUGCCAUUAUUACGAGUUGAACCACCCCAAGCUAAGAAAGAUAUGUACAGUUUACCAAACGGUUUUACAGUUGAGGACGAAGAAGAUUAUCCUUUGAUUGAUUCCAGCUCACAGGAGGAUCUUGAAAUAGCCUUGGAUACCCCACUGAGUUUGUUUAUGUCCAAAGAUCCAAAUGUAAGAUACCUUCGUCUGCACCCAUUGAUAGCUGAUUGUUAUUCACAAAUCGUAUAUCAUCUUAACAAACACAACAAAGCAACUGUCUAUAGUAAAACCACAUUUCUUACAGAUCCAAAGAUCAAUGUUGAUGUAGUCCGAGGAUUUAUGUCCACAGAAGAACAACAAUUGAAGCUGGCCCCAAGUGAUCGUCGAUACAACACCAUGACUCUGGGUACUGGUUUUGAGAUCAAAUACUCCAGUAAUAAUACAGUAGAAAGACCAUUGUACACUCUCGUGAAGCAAGCCGUCGACUAUUGUGGACCUCUGUUCAAUGAUGGCGUCAAAGAAGAAAUGGGUGUUGGAUUAUACCAAGAUAAGAUUUUUGUUGAUAUGCGAUCUGAUUUUGAUGUUUGGACAAAGGCAUCUAAUCAGCUACCUGAAGGCAAAACCCUGUCAGACUAUAGAGAAGACAUGUUACAGAGAUUUGAAUUGGCUGUUGACAACAGAAUAGUGGAUCCUGAUAAUUUAGAAAGAGCCUGCAUUUUAGCUAACCACCCGGGUCUUCAGCAUGCUGAUUUUAAUCAUGAACACACUGAGCAUGUUAAACGACGACGACGAGCUGCUCCAGAACCUGAUGAUUGUGUUCCUGUCAGUGAUACAGAGUUCUGUACUUCUACUCUGAAACACAGACAAACUGAGGUGGAUCAUAUCUGGACGGAGCUGACUAGGAAAUGGUUGUACAGGAAUGAAACUGAAGUUAGAGAAGCCUUGGAAGGAUGUUUCUUGGCUUGUGGAACCUGUUUAACAGGUACAAUCUACGAAGAUAAAGUAGAAGAUUGUAAUAAUUUCUUACACUGGGUUCCCUUUGAUUUGAUGAACGAUGCUCCAGGCAUCACCAAUAUCUUUCCCAGAGAUUCUAUGUAUCUGAGAGGUCGAGCUUGUAGUCAUGGACAUUGUAUUGAAGAUGCUCCUCUUUUCCAUCUUGUUGCAUCAUCAGCAGAGGCUAUUUACCGACCAGAUCCAGAGAUGAGUGUAGAAAAUGAACUGUACCCACAAGCUGAGAAUCCUAGCCCAGUAUUCGAAUUGUUACAUAGAAUCUAUACAAUCCAUGCUUCUGGUACUGUUAAGUUCUGGGUACGGGAUGAGAACGACAUGCUAUCAUUAUUGUCACCCCUUCAGGAUGCAAUGUUAUACAAUAAAAAUGUAACUGAUGUAGAAGUAUUCGUGCUAGAAAAGAGUAAAAUGGAUGCAGUAGAUUCAGUAAUACAAUCUGCUGUAGCUGACUGGUCUAGUUCUGGUUGUCCAAAAGUUACCCGUGAAAUCAUCGCUCCAUCCAAAGUCUUACCUUUACCAGAGGAUGUUGGUAAGAGAUCACCGCAUUCAGCUGUUCGAGAAGAAAUUAUCAACCAUUACACAUCCUGGGAGGCUCGCUGGGCUAACAUGGAAAUUUAAAUAUUAUCUCAUUAUUCUCCUAUAACAUUCCAUAGGAUUUUUAUCCAAAUCAUCCACACUAAUAAUUGCCUCUUAGAGGCCCUAUAUUUGUGCUUAUCUACUAAUGUUUUACAAUUUUGUUCAUUUUGAAACAUAUCAUUGUUAUGGUUUCUCUAAUAUGGAAAUGUAAUGAUCUACGCAAUUCUCAAAGGUAAUGUUCCAGUCUCCAAUUAAUGCUUUCCCGUAACCUCCCAGUGCCUACGAUCAGAACUGCAAUACGAAAACCACAUAUAGGCGAAACAUAGGUAGCAGCAAAUAAACUUUUCACACGAUGAAGUAUAUCAAUCAUAAUCAAGAUCUAUUAGAUAGCCAAAUAUGCCUUUGUAAAUUAGGAAGUGCGAUCUCAUUAAAUGCAGAUCUGGACAUUUCAUUUUGUAGUUUUUUAUUAUCUCCAUUCAUAGAUGUUAAUGGAGUCGCCAACAUAAUAGCACGGAACGAAGCCACCGGAUCUGAAUUUUUUAAGCAGUUUGUAAAAUUUUAAGAUUGCUCCAGUGAUAAUGUACCACAAGUAUUAUGCUAGAAAUAUCGCUCUGUAUUUAAGAAUAGAGAGCACAAACGGUGAACAGUUAAUAUUAACAAUGGACCUAUUGUGUAUUGUAUGUAUUAUGUUAUGUAGAAUCAUCUAUAUGCUUUUGCACAAAAUCUUCGCCUUUACUAUCUAAUUGUACUUUUCAGUUUUUACACAUAAUGUGUCGUUUUUAUUUUGAAAAUGGAAAUGAACCUGGA